AUGUCCCAUCCGACAACUCCUGUAACUUCACGCGGUGUUCAUGUGCGUGGACGCAAACGCAUAAAUUCUCAUCCCAUUCAAGUAUUGCGCAUGGAGGAUCCUUGGCCUCAUUUAAUGGAAAUGGUGAAAACCGACGGCAGCUCUGCAGACAUAGAAGAGAUGGAGAAAAAGAACCCAAAUAUUGGACAAGCUGUGAAUGCCAAUAACUCUAUUGAGAAGCCAACGCAAACUGACUACUCCAAAGGAAGCUCAUAGGCAAAGGACUACUACAUU